AUGCCUAGGCAACCGCCACCACCAUUGCCGCAGCAGCCUGCUGUCAUGGAGCAGGUGAUAUGGCAAGCUUGUGCAGGAGCUGUCGGCGAAAUCCCGAAGCCAAAUUCUAUAGUUUACUACUUCCCUCAAGGACAUUUGGAUCAAGCCUCUUCGGCACCGGGAAAUCUCUCCCCUUAUCUUCUGAGCAGACCCUGCGUUCGCUGCAGCACCACCUCGGUUCAAUUUCUCGCCGAUCCUUUUACCGACGAGGUUUUCUCCAAGAUGACUCUCCAACCUGUCGCUGAUAACUAUGUUGGGGAACCCUUACCUAUUGCUGCUCCCGCUCCCCUGCGAAACGACGACAAGGAGAUCGUUUCUUUCGCCAAGAUUCUCACACCAUCUGAUGCUAACAACGGCGGGGGCUUCUCCGUGCCGAGGUUCUGCGCGGACUCCAUCUUCCCGCCGCUAGACUUCCAGGCAGACCCGCCCGUGCAGAACCUUUCCGUCACUGAUGUCCAUGGCUUCACCUGGGAGUUCCGCCAUAUCUACCGUGGAACUCCGCGCCGCCACUUGCUCACCACCGGCUGGAGCACUUUUGUCAACAACAAGAAGCUUGUCGCCGGGGACUCCGUCGUGUUCAUGAGAAAUGCCGCAGGACGUUUGUUCGUCGGAAUUCGCCGUGCCACGCGCUUCUCUCCGGGGAAGAGCUGCGGCGGAGGCGCGAAGCUCAGGUUAAUUGAGGAGGAGGGGGAGGAGGAAGAAGAGGAGGAGGAGGAAGAUGAAGAGAAGGCGAGGGAGGUUUUCUCGAGGGAUGGGAAGGGGAAGCUGUCGGCGAAGGUGGUUGCGGAGGCGGCGGAGUUGGCAGUGCGGAACAUGCCGUUUGAGGUUGUUUAUUAUCCCAAGGCUGGUUGCUCUGAGUUUGUCGUGAACAGUGAGGCUGUGGAUGAAUCCAUGAGGAAACCAUGGAGCGCUGGAGUGAGAGUGAAGAUGUCUAUGGAGACCGAUGAUUCGUCUAGGAUGACAUGGUUUCAGGGUACGGUCUCUGCUAUCUCAUCGCACGAUAAUGGCCAAUGGCGCGAUUCUCCUUGGCGCAUGCUUCAGGUUACAUGGGAUGAACCUGAAGUAUUGCAGAAUGCAAAGUGGGUUAGCCCUUGGCAGGUGGAAAUUGUUUCUACCGCACCUGCACUUCAUUCAGAAUUUCCCCUAGCAAAAAGGUUUAGAACUGCUCAUGGUUCUGGGGUCUUUACUGAUGGAGAGAGAGAGCCCUUUUCUAUGACCAGAUUCACUAAUUCAUCAAUGGGACACAUGAAUCAGGCAUGGUGGGGUUAUAAUACUUUUCCUGCUGGCAUGCAGGGAGCCAGGCAUGAUGUAUUUUCUGCAUCAAGUUUUUCCAAUUAUCCAAGGGACAUGUCUCGUCUGUGUAUGGGUAAUUCCUUAGGGCACAAUUCAUUUCCAGGGGUGAACACUUUGUCAACUGAACUAAAUGUUGGCAGCUCUCCAUCUGAUGAAUUGUCACCUGAUAGUCGUAAUAGUCUCCAUUCCUGUGUCCUAGACCCUGUUGAGAAACACAACAGCAACUCAAUAAAACCUGUGUCUAAUUCAUUUCAGCUAUUUGGUGCAACCAUUUUGAAACCUGCUCAAAAUGGUUUGUCAGGUACUGGUGACACAGGAGAUAAAAGCCUUGACAGAUGA